ACGCACGAUGUUUUGUUUUACUGCCAGGUCAAAUAGCUAUCUAUUUUUAAUUGCUUGUGGGAAGUGUAGCCAGGUGAAAUAUUUGAAUUGCAGAAAUCUAAAGCAUCUGCAAUAUACCGUGCAAAUGACAAGCCGCAAACCCAAAACUCUGACUUCAGGAUUUAAUUUGUCCCCUGAAAGAAACAUAACCACUUCUAAACCGGGUAGCCCAACAGAUGAUUCCUGUCAAAUUGGCCUUCAGAAGGUUGUUGAUACAGAUUAUUAUGGCUUUGAUGCUGCAGAGGCGCCAGUCGAACGGCUCAGCACAAUAGAAGAUGAGCUGCAAGUUAAAAAUUUGCUGAAGGAAGUCUUAGCAUUUCAGAGCACACAAGUUAGCAACUGGAUUGUAGAGAGUAAAGUGAAGCAGCUAUGUGCUGCCUACAAGAGCCUGCUGAAGCCCCACCGGGAAGAGUUCCUGAAGACCCUAGCCAGCGAGUACAGUGUGGAUCACCCCGCGGUCGUCAAAUCUGCUCGCGUCCUGGUUGAACUGCAGGAGACGGGAGACGAGAGACAGCUGCUGCGUGCCGAGGAGCGUCUCGGGAGCCUGCUGUCCCCUCAGUACCUGUGGCUGUUCCUGCACACCGGCCGCCUGGAGCGGGGCGUCAAGUUCCUGGUGGACUUGCGCACCGACCUGCUGGCGCUGAUGUCGGAGCUGAGCCGGGCCGAGGGUGCGCUCUCCCAGCUGCAGCAGUUGGACCGCACGCUGCGGGAGCUGUUGUCCCUCUGGUUCUCGGUGGGCUUCCUCGCCCUGGAGCGCGUCACCUGGCGGUCCCCCUGCGAGCUGCUCCAGAAGAUCUCGGAGUACGAGGCUGUGCACCCGGUGCGCAACUGGACGGACCUGAAGCGACGCGUGGGGCCCUACAGGCGCUGCUACGUUUACACGCACGGCAGCAUGCCGGGGGAGCCCCUCGUGGUGUUGCACACGGCCCUCUGUGACGAGAUCGUGGGCAGCCUCCGGGGCCUGGUGUCGUCUGCUUCCCGCAUGUCCGUGGACAUGGCUGCUAGGACAGACACGCCGAUCAGCGUCGAAGAGGAAGACCCUGCAGGCAUAAAGGCUGCCAUAUUCUACUCCAUAUCGUCCACCCAGAAGGGACUCAAAGGCAUCGAGCUGGGCAACUACCUGAUCAAGCGCGCCGUGCAGGAAGUGCGGGCCGAGUUCCCCCUCAUCAGCAUGUUCUCCACGCUGUCACCGGUCCCUCAGUUCCGCGCCUGGGUCGUCGACAAGCUCAAGGCCGCGGAGAGAGGCGAGGCGGGAGUGCUGACCCCGGAGGAGGAGGAGCGUCUCGGCGCGCACCUGGGCGCGCAGGGCGUGUGGGCGGAGCUGCGCAGGCUGUUCCACGCCAACUCGUGGGCGAGCGACGGGCGGCUGGCGGACCUGCUCGAGGCCCCGCUCAUGCGGCUGUGCGCUCGCUACCUGCUGCUGGAGAAGAGGCGCGGCUACGCGCUCGACAGCGUCGCAAACUUCCACCUGAAGAACGGGGCGGUGAUGUGGCGCCUGAACUGGCGUGCCGACACGAGCCCUCGGGGUCUCGGAAACUCCUUCGGCAUCAUGGUCAACUACAGGUACUUUCUGGAAGACCUGGAGACAAACAGCAGGAAGUACCAGGAGAAGCAAGUUGUAUCAGCUUCAGAACAGUUCUACCAACUGUCUGCGGGCUCGGCCGACACCAUAGCUUCGAAGUUAUGACAGGAUGGGAGUUAUAACGUAUAAGAAAUUUUUGGGGUUUCUCGUAGUUUGUAUAUUUCAAGGGUGCAGUUAGGUUUUGAAUGUUUAUAUAUAAAAUAGUUACAAAGCAAUAAGAAAACUAAGUUCUAUCUUAUAUAUUUUUUUACACGCUUAAGUGUGUAAGUUUAUUGACCAUUGUUUUAUUGUUGUUAUUGUGUCAUCAUUAUGUCAUUGUCUUAGUUGUAGGCUCAAUAUUUUCUUUUCUGUGCUUUUAAUUUAAAACAUUUUUAUGGCCACAUAAUAUAUAUCAAUUUUUAAACAUAAAAUUAAAAAAAAAUUGUUUGUUUGUAUCAUCAGUAGUCUGUGCUUGAAGUAUACCAAACUGGAAAAUAGAUAACUUUUUUUAUGCUGUAAAUCCAGAAAUGUCAUAAUAUUAUGUUAACUAUUUUUAUGAUACACGUAGGGUAAUUGAGCAAACAAAAUGUAAAUGUGUAAACACAUUAUUACGUUUUAGAAUGCUGUAGUUUGUUUUAUGAGGGUCCUAAUAAAAGUAAAAGGAACAGAAAGGAAAUCAGGAUACCACAAGUGCAAUUCAUCUACCACUACUUAAUGAGAACUGUGGUGGCAAUAUUAGGCUGUGACACAACAGUAUUUGUGUUAUGUUUGUAUCUUGUUUCCGUCAUCAUCGUGUGUUUUGGUGUUGUUUUUGGCAUAUUAAAUGUUGUUACUGUUCAA